UAAACAGUUGCAGCGGCGGAGUGGAGCGGCGCAGGCGGGCAGUGUGUGUUUAUGUGGAUAUGGCACAGAUACUUACUGCGUUUCACCGCGUUUUUUCUUAAUUCUUCCGUGAGAUGCGCUUUUUAACUCUAGCGCCUGUUUUGGACACAUUUUCGGGUGGGUUUAGGGGUCCUCUGGAGCACUAUGCUGCUCUCUAAGGUGGGCUCUUUUUCUUACAUCUCGCCUAGCAUGGAUCUACCGGCGAAGCUCCAGCUGCAGCAGCAAGCCAAAGUGGAAAAGCAGCCUUUUGAUAAACUGUACCGGCUGGACUCGGUGCUCGGCAGUGGAGGGUUUGGCACCGUCUACUCGGCUGUUCGUCUCUCCGACGGUCUGCCGGUAGCGGUGAAACACGUGUGCAAGGAUCGAGUGACGGAGUGGGGAUCUCUGACCAAUGGCGUUGUUCCUUUAGAGAUUGUGCUAUUGAAGAAAGUGGGCGGAACCUUUGGUGGUGUGGUGCAGCUGCUGGACUGGUGGGAGCGCCCGGAUGGCUGGUUGAUGGUGAUGGAGCGUCCUGAUCCGGCUCAGGACCUGUUCGAUUAUAUCACAGAACGCGGCAUGCUGGGUGAGGCGGUGGCGCGUGGCUUCUUCCUGCAGGUGCUGCAGGCGGUGCAGCACUGCUUCAGCUGCGGCGUAGUCCACAGAGAUAUCAAAGACGAGAACCUGCUGGUGGAUCUGAGGACAGAACAGCUCAAACUUAUCGACUUUGGCUCCGGGGCCAUCCUCAAAGACUCUGCCUACACUGAAUUUGAUGGUACUCGAGUGUAUAGUCCUCCAGAGUGGAUCCGGCUCCGGAGGUAUCAUGGCCGUACAGCCACUGUCUGGUCUCUGGGUGUACUGCUGUAUGACAUGGUCUGUGGGGACGUCCCAUUUGAACAAGACGAGGAAAUCCUGAGGGGGUGCAUCAGCUUCAGAGGUCAAGUCUCUGCAGAGUGCCAGCAGCUGAUUUGUUGGUGUCUGAGCCAACAGCCAUCUGAACGGCCAACCCUGGAGCAGAUCCUUCUUCAUCCUUGGGUUUUGGGGAGUGAUGAGCAGCAAACAGAAAAUGGUAACAUCAUGCUCCACACCAUCACAGCCUCCUCUUCCUCCUCAUCAUCCUCAAGCCAGGAGGACCUGUGACUGGUCUGCACAGCGUCAAAUAAUGAGACACUAAAAUGGACUUUAAAAUGGAUUACAUGGCAGAGUACUACAGCUGAGGAUGGCAUUACUGAUUUGGAGUGCCUUGACUUUGAAACCAUGACACUGUGGGUCGGUUCUGGAGGAUGAAGGGGCACAAACACACCUAAACCUUUUCUUACCAAACCUACAAUGAGACCAGAUCUGAUGAACCAUGUAAAUUUGACUCAGAUUUUACUGCUGACUCAGGUUUUCAGUACUGACAACCCGGAGGGAAAACAAGACUUGUUUUCUAAAUUAAGAUCUGUAAAAUGUUUCUUGCAUCAUCCAGGGCCUCAAAUUAUAUCGGCUGUGAUUCUUUUAGUUUUGAUAGUUUAAGGAACAUACAUGUUUAUUUCUGUGUGACGCUCUGUCUUGUUAUGAGGCAGUACUGGAAAUUGAGACGUCCUGAAAGCAUUAUGUUAAAUGCACAGUCAAUGCAAACAUUCACUUUUCUAUUUUAAAUGUCUGAUUUUUAUUUGUACAUUUUUGUACAUUUGUGUUAUUUAUUUCGUAAUAUUCCUUGGAUCUUCCUGUGGAUAUUUAUUUCCAACUUUUUUUUUUCAUUUGUUUUUGUUCCUGUGAACAGAGAAUUACAGAAGUGGGGUUAAGGAGUUGAAACUUGUGACUUUUUGAUGUAAAAUAUAAGUUUUUGAAAGGGAAAAGUAUUUUCGUACAAGAUUUUUCACAUUAAAAGUUUUUGUAUAUAA